AUGCAGACCACUGCCGAUCCACGAAGGCCGAACAAGAUUGUAAGGUUCAAAGCUGCAGAUCCUCAAUCAGCCAAUGCUGUAACUGAUGACCCUUUGCCAGAAUACAUGAACGUUCUGGGAAUGAUAUUCAGCAUGUGCGGUCUGAUGAUGCGGAUGAAAUGGUGUGCAUGGAUGGCUCUUCUGUGCUCCUGUGUCAGUUUCGCCAACACACGCUCAUCAGACGAUGCGAAACAAAUCGUUAGCAGCUUCAUGUUGUCAGUGUCCGCUGUCGUUAUGAGUUAUCUGCAGAAUCCGCAGCCAAUAAUCCCACCAUGGGCAUCAUUUAUGUGA